AAAAAAUAUUAAUGAGUAUAGUUACAUACGUGUGUACAGUUGAUCGUUAAUUUCUCUGUCGUAGUAUAAGAAAGAUACUGAAUGCCAAAAUUUUUGAGGAUGACAAAGGUAAAAAAUGGAAUGCCAGUGUAAAGGAUAAGAAGUAUGAAAUAUUGUGCAUUAGUCAAUUUACAUUAUACUAUGUAUUAAAAGGGAAUAAAUUAAGCUUUCAUAGAGCGAUGCCCGCCCAAGAAUCUGAAAUCUUUUACAUGAACUUUAUUACUGAACUUCGUGAACAGUAUGUCCCAGAAUUGAUCAAAGAUGGUAAAUUUGGUGCAAAGAUGGAAGUUAGCAUACAGAACAGUGGGCCUGUAACACUGGAAAUAGUAUCCCAAAAGACCUCUGACUCUAAUGUAGAGAAUGAGGAAACAUCUGAUUAAUUCAAGCAUCUAUUUAUGUUUAUAAUAUACUUUUCAAUAAACUGAUAUCGAAUAAUA